AUGUGCCGUUCCAUGCACGUGGUCGACGGCGGGGGCCUCUAUCUCUACUACGGCGAUUAUGAGUACGGCACCGUGCUGGUCGCCAACUCCACUUUCGCCAAGAAUACUGCGGGGGGCGUUGGCGGCUGUCUAUACGCUGAGCAAAUUCACAGGCUUGCUUUGAAGGACUGCAGCUUCACUGCCUGCCGCUCGGAAACGGAUGGCGGUGCCGUCUACAUCGCAAACCUGGCGGCGACGCAAGUGCAACGCACGCGGUUCGAGGGCAACCGCGCGGUGUGCUUUGGCGGCGGCAUCAUGCAGUGGGGCCGGAGCGCGACCGUGAUUGAUGGCUGCACGUUUGACGGCAACAGCGCAAGCGAGGGCGGCGGUGUAAAGAUCCAUGCCAACGCCCUCCACGGCCUGGAGGGUGGGGUGAACAUAACACUCCUCAACAGCUCAUUCCUCCGCAACAGCGCGGCCAACGGCGGCGGCGUGCGGCUUUUGGGCGGCAACACGACGCUGGACGCGUGCCGCAUGGAGGGAAACCGCGCGGAAAUUGGGGGUAGUGUUUACUACUCAAUCGAAUGCGCUGGCUCCCUUGACGGGCCUGAGUGCAAGGCGACCUCAUCCCUGAUCAUCGUCGAUCCCACGCGCAUACGAAACAACACUGCAGCCGUGCUCGGCGGCGGCGUCUUCAUCGCGGCCGCGCACGCACCCGUCGACCUCCGCACGCUCGCGGCGCCUGUCGUGGCAAACAACACUGCACGCGUGGCGGGCGCUGACGUGUCCAUCCCGCCCGUGAGCUUGCUGCUGGCCGGCCCCGACGGCGGACCCCUCACCGGCGUCGCAGUCAGUGUGUCGCGCGGCGCACUUGAUCAGGGGCUGUUGCCGCCGUUUGCGGCCUUCUGCUCAGACAAGGCCGGCGGCGGCGUGGGCGGUGUAGGUCUGGUGGUCAAGGUGGCGGCGGCGCCGCCCGGCGCACAGGCGGCGCUGCUGACGGGCGCGACGGCGGUGACCAACGCCACCGGCUGGGCUCUGUUCCAGCACGCCAAGCUGCGGGGCCGGCCUGGGUCCUACCGCCUGGCAGUGGAGGCCAUUGAGCUGCGGGCCCUGGCGGCGCCAGCCAUGAGCGUGGCGCUGCGCGGCUGCCUGGAGGGCGAGGUGGCGGCGCGCCCGCGGCUGGACGCCUGCGAGCCCUGCCAGCGCAACACGUACGCCCUUGAGCCGGGGGCUGAGGCCUGCCAGACCUGCAUGGCGGGAGCCACCUGCUAUGGCGGCUCUGCGGUCGUGCCUCUUCCCGGCCACUGGCGCUCGAGCCUGGGCUCUGCAGAGGUGCUGGCCUGCCCCAACCCCAGCGCCUGCCGGGGCAACCGCUCCGCCCUCUACAGCUGCGGCCCGGACGGCGUGUGCACCGGCGCCGGCGGGCCCAACGCCCAGUGCUCUCGCGGCUACACGGGGCCCCUGUGCGGCCAGUGCGCCCCCGGCUACGGCGCCGUCGCAGCUCCGCUGCACUGCGCGCCCUGCGUCGCGGCCGCAGGCGCCCGCGCGCUGCUGAUACUCGCGCUGGCGGCGCUCACGGUCACGGUGGCAUACGUGUCUGCGGCCGAGUGGCGCGACAACCGGAGCGGGCGCAACGCCCCUCUGCCCUCAGACUACCUCAAGCUGCUGGUGGGCCACCUGCAGCACCUCGCCAUCAUCUACUCGCUGCCACUGCCCUGGCCCAACACCAUCACCUUGCCACUGCGCGUGCUGUCGUCGUCGACGGCGGGCCCCGGGCUCAGCAUGGCGUUGGAGUGCGCACUGGGUCCCGGCAUCGGUGCCGACGGCGGCGGCGGCAGCGGCAGUUUCAACAACGGCGGCCUGCCUGCACCACUGCAGCGCAUACUGGUCUACCUGCUUCUGCCGGCGGGCGUGUUUGGACUGGCCCUCGGGCUGCAGCUGGCCUGGCGCGGUGUGCGGUGGCAGCUCACGCUGUGGCGCAGCGGGCACGCCUGUGCGGCGCGGCCCUUGCAUGUGGGCGCGUGGCUGUGCGACGCGGCGCCCAUCACCGCCGUCACGACUGCGUAUGUGCUGUACCCGACCCUGCUGCGCAUCGGGCUCGGCAUGUUUGCUUGCGUGGCGGCGGACAAGCGUGGCGGCGCCAGUGCGGGGCGCUACUGGGUGCACUUCAUGGGCCAGCGCUGCUGGGAGGGCUGGCACAAACCCUGGGCGCUGGGCGUGGGCGUGAGCCUGACGGCCGUCUUCGUGGGGGUGCUGCCGGCGGCGCUGGUGGCGCUGCUGCGCAGGCACCGCACCGCCAUUACGGCCGGCCGGCCUGCCAUUGCGGCGCGCUGGGGCUUCCUCUACCACAACUAUUGCCCCGCAUGCGUGUGGUGGGAGGCGGUGGCGAUGCUGCAGACGGCGCUGCUGGUGGGUGUGGCGGCCAUCGGGCACGUGACGGGGCCCUUCAUCGCGGCGCUGGCCCUGAGCAGCGCCCUCAUGGCCAUCCUGAUGGCGCUGGUGCUGGUGCGGCCGCUGCGCUUCGCGGCGCUGCAGCGGCUGCAGGUGGCGUCGCACGCCUCUGCCCUGCUGGUGCUGCAGGUCAGCAUCAGCUUCGUAGACACCCCCGGCGGCGGCGGCCCCGCAGCCCCGGCGGUCGCGGCGUGGCAGCGGGCGGCGGGCGCCGUCGUGAUGGCCGUGAGCGCCGCUGUCGCUGCUGUGAUGGCGAUUGAGGCAGUGCGAUCGGCGCAGCUGGGGGCGCUUGCGGCCCGUUCGCUGCGCAGUGCGGCGUCCUGGCUCUCCGGACGCACGGCCAGCCUGCAGUCACUGCUGCUGCAUGGUGUGUACACUUCAAAACAACAGCCGCCGCUGGAACCACUGCCGACUAGUCAUUGA